CUCUCCAGCGAACCGCUCAGCUCCGCCACGUAUUAGUACCAAACGCGAAAUUUGGGACAUCGGCCUGCUAGUGCGGGUCCGGGCUAAAGCCUGGGUUCCCAGAGUCCGGUUUUGCGCCGACCUUACGGGUGGGGCUGAAACCCACGAAUGCGCGUCCUCUGCAAUGGGCCUUUGGGCUGGGGGUGGGAGCUGUGGGCGCUGUGGGCGCCUGGGAGAGGGCCGCUGCGGCUCCUGACCCGUCUCUGCGGGGACCGCUCGCAGGCCAGCCCCGCCAAGAAGGCCCGGGCGGAGCAGGAGGAGCCAGGCACACCGCCCUCGUCGCCGCUGAGCCCCGAGCAGUUAGUCCGCAUCCAGAAGAACAAGGCCGCUGCCCUGCUCAGACUCGCGGCUCGCAAUGUGCCCGUGGGUUUCGGUGAGAGUUGGAAGCAGCACCUCAGCGGAGAGUUCGGAAAACCGUACUUUAUAAAGCUAAUGGGAUUUGUUGCGGAAGAAAGAAGACAUUAUACUGUGUAUCCACCCCCACACCAAGUCUUCACAUGGACUCAAAUGUGCAACAUAAGAGAUGUGAAGGUUGUCAUCCUGGGACAGGAUCCAUAUCAUGGACCCAAUCAAGCUCAUGGGCUCUGCUUUAGUGUUCAAAGACCUGUUCCACCUCCGCCCAGUUUGGAAAACAUUUAUAAAGAGCUGUCUACAGACAUAGAUGGUUUUGUUCAUCCUGGUCAUGGAGAUUUAUCUGGGUGGGCCAAGCAAGGUGUUCUCCUACUCAACGCUGUCCUCACAGUCCGGGCGCAUCAGGCCAAUUCUCAUAAGGAGAAAGGUUGGGAGCAAUUUACCGAUGCGGUUGUGUCCUGGCUAAAUCAGAACUCGAGUGGCCUUGUCUUCUUGCUCUGGGGUUCUUAUGCUCAGAAGAAGGGCAGUGCCAUUGAUAGGAAGCGCCACCACGUGUUGCAGACUGCCCAUCCCUCCCCGCUGUCGGUGUACAGAGGGUUCUUUGGAUGCAGACAUUUCUCUAAAACCAACGAGCUGCUGCAGAAGUCUGGCAAGGAGCCCAUCAACUGGAAGGAUCUGUGACCCUGAACUUGGGGGAGGGGUGUCUCCAGGCAGUUUCUAGAAGCUGCUGUUGACGUAUUUGUCAGUGACAAAGUCAGAUUGAAAAAAAUAAUUUCCCUAGUGAUUCUUAAACACUCUGCAUACAGGCGAGAAAGUUUCAGUGGCCGUGCGUCAGGCUGCCCAGGAGUAGUGGCAGCUUUAGCCUAGAAUACGCAUCCCAGUUCUUGGAAGGGGAAGGAGGUCAAAUUCUCCAGACUUCUCCUUCCCUCUGUUUCUUUAUGGUUAAAGAUGUGGAGAUAAGCACCUUUUUUGGUAUAUAAGUCUAGCAAUUAUUUGUUCUUACUUGUAGGUGGAACUAUAAGGUUAUAAGGUUUUGGGUGUUUUUAUGUAGAAAAGCCCCUUUUGCACAUCCUGAUCUUCCAGUCUGGGCCAGGUCACUGCCCUUGAACCUUUCCAGAGCCCUCAGACCCCUCCUUGAAUUGAAGAAAGUAGGAUUUUUGUUUUUGCUUUCUGGCCAGUUCCCAGAAAUUAGGGAUCCGUUUCCUGAUAGUAGCAGAGGUGAAAAUUGCUAAGGAACAAUCCUUGACCUGAGCCUUCGGGCACAGAGGCCAAGAAAAGUGGGCUGGGUCUUCAUACUGUUCUCCCGGGUGUUUGCUAGGAAUAAGCAGUGGGAGUUGAACAGGAAGGAGGAGAAA